AUGAAGUGGAAAGGGAGAGCAAGAAGGGCUGUUGCUGAGUCCUUUCCAGCGCUAAGGCUGUGUUGUAUUCUUCCUGCAGAUACCUUCUUAGCAAAGGGCUCUGCUACUCUGGACAAACUGAAGGACCUUUGUAACGAAGGGAAAGAACAUCCUUCCGCGCUUCUGCAGCUCUAUACACAGGCUGUCUUAGACAUCACAUAUUUUGAGGAAAACCAGCUUGUGGAUGAAGAUUUUCCAGAAGAAUCUUCCUUGCAAAAAGUUAAAGAACUUACUUCUGUUCUUUCAGAACCAGAAGACCUGGUGAGGGAAUGCAACAUAAAUGAAGAACCCAUCGACAUCCUUGGUGCAGAGUUGUUAGAAUGUCUUUACUGGAGAAAAGGAGCCCUGCUUUACAUGUAUUGUCAUACAGUGAAAGAAAGGAGUGAAUGGCUACAAGAAAACAUUGCUGUAUUUAAAAAGUGUCUGAAUGAUGGAGUUGAAUACUUGAUCAAGAUGCUUAGCUUUAGAUGCCCUCUUCAGUUAAAUGAAGACGUCUCACUUCAAGAUAAAGACACGGCUCGAUUACUCAGUGAAGGUAUAUUUAGUGACACUCACUUCCUGGCAAUGAUGUAUAGCGGGGAAAUGUGCUACUGGGGACUGCGACACUGUGGAGAAGGGAAGCAGGAAAGCCUUGAGGGAAUAGAUUCCCUCUGUAACGCUGACAUGGGCUGCAGAUCAGAGGGCGUGUCUCUGGAUUUCCGAGAAACGGGCAAAAACAUGUUAACAAAGUAUGUGGCUGUAUGUGAGGGACCUUUAAAAGGCCAAGGGUGGAACACAGCAACUGCAAAACAAAUACUGGGUUAUUUUGUGAAAUCCUGCAACUGAAAUACGCUGCUUUGGCUGCGCUGGAAGAAACCUUGUGUGUGAAGAGCAC